AGCGGUUCCCUACCGACGAACGUUGCAGGGUGUAAAGGUGGGCUCAGUGGGCUUGGCAGCACCGUGUUCGGGCGGUUGCUCAUGAAUUUCUACUUUUUCGUCCAGAUCGCCUUGCUGCGGGUGGAUUCCGUCGUUGGCCCGGCGGAACUCUUCCCACCACGGGGAAACAUCGCCGCGCCUGCGCCGGACAGCCCCGUCCACGAAGAACCAUCAUGGAAAGCAGCGCCUCAAGUGCCCCUCCCCUACCAUGUGGUCAACCGAGUGACGUCAGCGGACACGCUUGAGCUUCAGCAUAAAACCCGGAGCCAUCUUCAGCAGUCUUUCAGUGGGCUUGGCAGCACCGUGUUCGGGCGGUUGCUCAUGAAUUUCUACUUUUUCGUCCAGAUCGCCUUGCUGCGGGUGGAUUCCGUCGUUGGCCCGGCGGAACUCUUCCCACCACGGGGAAACAUCGCCGCGCCUGCGCCGGACAGCCCCGUCCACGAAGAACCAUCAUGGAAAGCAGCGCCUCAAGUGCCCCUCCCCUACCAUGUGGUCAACCGAGUGACGUCAGCGGACACGCUUGAGCUUCAGCAUAAAACCCGGAGCCAUCUUCAGCAGUCUUUCAGUGGGCUUGGCAGCACCGUGUUCGGGCGGUUGCUCAUGAAUUUCUACUUUUUCGUCCAGGUGGGUGACAAACAUUCUGUCUGCUCUAUUAGAGACGAUUCGCUCACUUUAGUAGUGCUGCCGGGCCCACAGAGUCUGCUUUCUUCAUUUUGUGAUUGUUUUCUUGUUAUUAGGCUACUGCUGUUAACAUCAGGUGAUGUGGAGUUAAACCCUGGACCCCGCUCAGACUCAGAGUCUGGUUCAGAAGCCACUUUAAAUAGCCAGCUCCUCAAGAAAAUUCUAAAGGAACAAACAAAGACGAAUAAAGUGCUCACUGCUCUUUCUGAAAACUUAAAACACGUAGAAACUACAGUAAGCAACGUACAGGAAAGAUUGACCGCCAUGGAAAAAGAGUUAGCUCGCCUACAGCAAUUUGAGGAUAAACUCGCCGAGCAUGAGGUGAUGACCGUAGAAACAAAUAAACUGGUGCGAGAGCUAUCAGUUAAGGUAGAAGACUUGGAAAACAGGAGCCGCCGGAAUAACAUAAUAAUCUAUGGCGUGGAAGAGGGUGAUAACGAACAAAAUGCAGAUUUACAACAGCGUAUUGUUAAGGGCAUUUUUAAAGACAUCCUCAAGGUGAAUGUUACAUCUGUAGAACGCAUGCACCGAAUCGGCAGGAAAACACAAAAUCGAGAGCGGCCAGUAAUUCUUAAGCUGUACAAUUUCUCUGAAAAAAUGUUAGUCCUUCGUAAUUGCAACAAACUGAAGGGAACAGCGAUAUCGAUAUCCGAAGACUUUUCCGCACGAGUUCGGGACCUGCGCAAAAAGCUAUGGCAAUCAGCAAAGAAAGAUCGGGACAAUGGUGCUAAGGUCACUCUUGUAUUCGAUAAACUAAAGAUAGAUGACGACUUGUACGUAUGGGAUGAAGCAAAAAAUGCAAGAGUUUCCCUGAGAAGGGCACGUCACGAUGGUCGCGCGAAAAGCAACGCGUGACACCCGCAAGCCGCCACACCGUUUUCAUUGGUAUGUUUGAAUGCCCGUAGCAUUGUUAACAAAACUGACAAGCUAGAAGAAUUGUUAUUUUCGUACACUCCUGAUAUUGUCGUGAUAACUGAAACGUGGCUGCACCCAGACAUUCUUGAUUUUGAAAUUGUUCCUUCUUCAUACUGCCUACUUCGGUCAGAUCGUGACGGUCGCGGGGGCGGGGUCGCCAUUGCAAUAAAACGUGGUUUGCAAUAUCGUAGAGAAAAGGGUAUCGCGAAUCACGAAAGCGUUUGGUGCACAAUAUUUGCUCACGAUGCUCCAGUACUGAUCGGUGGCAUCUACAGAAAACCAAAUGCGUCUGAUGAUUACCUUUUACAAAUACAUGACUAUCUGGUUGAUAAGGUUACCCCCCGUACCAAAUUGAUACUUACUGGAGAUUUCAAUCUCGCUAUUGACUGGGAAAACUUAACAAGUACUAGAAAUACCGCCAACAGCGAGCUAUUAUACGAUUUAAUGUUCAAUUUUUCAUUGUCCCAGUUGGUCCAGGAACCAACCCGAAUUCAAGGAAACACUCGCUCCAUACUAGACCUAGCUUUUCUUUCCGAUAAGCUAUCCGGUAAAGCCACUGUAGAAGAUGGAAUAUCUGACCACAAAAUGUUAAUCAUAACUUUUAACCUUGAAUGCUUAAAUACCAAACCCGAUGGCACAAAUUCACGGAUAGCCGUGAAAGACUACACUAGAGCUAAUGAUGUUUGUGUUAUUGAUUACCUCGACACAGCACUAGAGACUUUUUCUCUAGAGGAAUGUGAGGGUGUUAAUGGUAUGUGGAUUCAACUGAAAAAAAUAAUUACGUACUGUGAACAAAAUUUUAUCCCAACGAAACUAAAA